CUUCCUUUUCUUGGUUUAUUCAUUGUUUUGGUUUUGUUCUUUGUGCACAUAGUCUACAUUGUUCAUGCUGUACUAAUGCACAAGUGAUCAUACUUGGAACUUAAUGCAGAGAGGAGUAGUAGAAGGUUCAAAAGGUGUAAUUUUCGAAACAAUUCCCGAGAAGCUUGACAUGAACUUACCAAAAACAUUUCGAAUAGCUGACUUUGGAUGUUCUACCGGACCUAACACAUUCUUUGCCAUGAAAAACAUUAUAGAAGCCGUAAUGCUUAAGCACCAAUCCACUCUAGAAACCAAUCUCCAAAAAAACACCCCGGAAUUCCACGUCUCCUUCAACGAUCAGGUCGACAACGAUUUCAACACCCUCUUCAAGACCUUGCCUCUGAACCGACCGUACUUUGCCGUCGGCGUGCCGGGUUCUUUCCAUUGUCAGUUCCUUCCGGAAGCCUCUCUCCACAUCGCACACUCGUCUUACGCUCUUCACUGGCUCUCCAAGGUUCCUCCACAAGUUAUGGACAAAGGCUCACCAGCAUGGAACAAGGGUAAGAUUUAUUAUGCAGGGAACGAGAAAGAGGUCACCAAGGCUUACUUUGCUCAGUUUAAGGCAGACAUGGAUGCCUUUCUAAAAGCUAGGGCUCAAGAGCUUGUUGAGGGAGGGUUGGUGGUGGUUCAAAUCCCUGGUGUUCCCAACUCUAAGGUCCUUCCAUCUCAGAUUGGUGGCGGCCUAAAUUGCGAAUUCUUGGGAGAUAGUUUAGCUGACAAGGUGAAGAUGGGAGUCAUAACUGAAGAAAAAUUGGACUCGUUCAACUUAGCUCUGUAUUUGCCAAGCAUUGAGGAGGUGAAGAUGGUCGUUGAAAUGAACAAGUGUUUUACAAUCGAGAAAAUUUGUGCUUUGAGCCACCCCUCCAAUUAUCACUCGAGGCCCUUGGAUAUCGAAAGGACUUGUGCAGACAUAAGGGCUAUCAACGAGCUAGAACCUCAUGCAGGAUCAUUUCGGGAGUGAAAAUAUGGACCAACUCUUUCAUCUCUGGGGGCAAAAUUUGCAAUAGAAUCGACAGCUCUACGACAAGGUAGUCCGACAAGAUGUAUACCAUUUUGCCCUUUUAAAACGCAAAGGCAAUAUUUAGCUAAAUCCACCAUAAAUCUAUUUGUGGGUUUGGAAAACUUGGGGUCAUAUUAGUUCUGAAUAAUGGAGGCUACCUCUCUGUCUCCUCAAGGUCUAAUUAGUCAGUGCUCCUGAAGUACGGCCAAGUAGAACUCUUGGACAUUUUAAUACCACACAUUCUUGUGGAGUCAACGACUAAGUG